AUGAAGGCCUUUGUGUUGCCCCUCGUGGCCUUUGCCGGUCUCGUCACCGGCUUAGCACCCUCCACUGAAGAGGCGGAGAACGCUCGCAUUGAGCCCCCAGCUGGGGCCAUCGUCGUCGACGCUACCGGUGACUAUGACGGCAGCUACCUGACGGUGUCGGAAGGCAUGGAGAGCUUGGACGUCACCACGACGGAAGUGCAGACCAUCUUCGUCAUGCCGGGCGUCUACAAGGAGCAGGUGCUGAUCCCGGCGUUGGCGGGAGCCCUCGUGCUGCAGGGGUCUACGCGCGACGCCAGAUCGUACGAGGACAACGAGGUGACCAUCACCCAGGCCAAGGCGCAGAAGGACCUCCCAGCUCACGUGACUAAGGGCAGGAACGACCUGACCAGCACCAUGCGCUUCAAGGCCAGCAACGUGACCGUGUACAACCUCAACAUCGCCAACACGGCCGGCAACGUCGGCCAGGCGGUGGCCGCUACCGUCGACGGCACCGACUACGGAUUCUACGGCUGCAACUUCACCGGCUACCAGGAUACGUUGUACGCCAACAAGGGUCGUCAGCUCUACGCUCAGUCGUACAUCAGCGGUGCCAUCGACUUCAUCUUCGGCUCCAAGGCCACGGCGUGGUUCGAGAGCUGCGACAUUGAGUCAUUCGGCCGAGGCUGCAUCACCGCCAACGGCCGCUCUACGGAGGAGAACCCGUCGUUCUACGUCUUCAACGACGCGAAGGUGUUCGGCGCCGGCGCCAAGGGCUCGGCCUACCUCGGUCGUCCGUGGAGACCUUUCGCCCGCGUGGUUUUCCAGAACAGCGAGCUCGACGACAUUAUUAACCCGGCGGGCUGGUCGGCCUGGGACGCCGCCUCCAGCACGGAGGACGUCUACUUCCGGGAGUUCAACAACACGGGCGACGGUGCGGCCACCGACGACCGCGUCGAGUUCAGUCUAGAGCUCAAGAAACCCGUUCCUAUGACGGAAAUCCUCGGUGAAGACUUUGAGUCAGAGUGGUGGGUCGACACCGACUACUUGUAG